CGUUUGACAACACGGAAGUGUCAAAAUGGCUCCGAGUGGACUCAAAGCUGUUGUGGGAGAGAAAAUCGUCAGUGGAGUCCUCAAGAGUGUGAAGAACGAUGGAGAGUGGAAGGUGCUUAUUGUCGAUCACAUCAGCAUGCGGAUCCUGUCCUCCUGCUGCAAGAUGUCGGACAUCAUGGCAGAAGGCGUUACCAUUGUGGAGGACAUUAAUAAACGGAGGGAGCCAAUCUCUUCUCUGGAGGCGAUAUACCUCAUCUCCCCUGUGCAGAAGUCAGUCAGUGCUCUGAUCAGUGACUUCAAAGAUUCAGCCUACACAUACAAGGCAGCCCACAUCUUCUUUACUGACACUUGUCCGGAUGGUCUUUUUGCUGAGAUUGCAAGGUCAAGAGUUGCAAGGGCCAUCAAAACACUGAAGGAGAUCAAUGUCGCCUUCUUACCCUAUGAGUCUCAGGUGUUCUCGCUGGAUGACCCGGGCUCGCUGCACUCCUUCUACAGCCCCACCAGGAUCGACGUGGAUGAGCGGGCCAAAAUGAUGGAGGCCGUGGCCGAGCAGAUCGCCACCCUGUGUGACACACUGAAGGAGUACCCUGCCAUUCGCUACCGCCAGGGUCCCAAAGAGAAUUUUGCCCUGGCGGAGUUGGUGCUGGAUCGCUUGAAUGCACACAAGGCAGACAACCCCAGCAUGGGGGAGGGCUCAGACAAAGCGCGCUCCCAGCUGCUGAUUAUCGACCGCGGCUAUGAUCCCAUCUCUCCCCUGCUGCACGAGCUCACCUUCCAGGCUAUGGUCUACGACCUGCUGGAGGUCGAUCACGACAUCUACACGUAUGAGACGACGGGCCUCGGCGAAAGCAAGAAAAAGGAAGUUCUGCUGGAUGAAGACGAUGAACUGUGGGUGCAGCUCAGACACAUGCACAUAGCUGACGUCACCAGGAAGGUGACAGAACUUCUGCGGACCUUCUGCGAGAGUAAGAGGAUGAGCACAGACAAGGCCAACAUCAAAGACCUCUCUCAGAUGCUGAAGAAGAUGCCGCAGUACCAAAAAGAACUGAGCCUGUAUUCCACUCACCUGAACCUGGCUGACGCCUGCAUGAAGAAGUUCAAGGCUUCUCUGGACAAGCUGUGUGAGGUGGAGCAGGACUUGGCCAUGGGCUCGGAUGCCGAGGGCGAGCCCCUCAAAGACGCCAUGAAGAGCAUCGUCCCCGUACUCCUUGAUGCCAAUGUUCAGCCCUACGACAAAAUCCGCAUCAUACUGCUCUACAUCUUCCACAAAAAAAAGGGCAUUGGUGAGGAGAACCUGACCAAGCUCAUACAACACGCCAACGUGCAGCAGGACAGUGACAUCAUCACCAACAUGCAGCACCUGGGCUGCCCCAUCAUCACCGGGGGCGCCAAUGCUGGCAAGACUCUCCCUGACCGGAAGGAGCGCACAGAGAGCACGUACCAGCUGUCCCGCUGGACGCCCACCCUCAAAGACGUCAUGGAGAACAUCAUUGAGGACAAGCUGGACAAGAAGCAGUGGCCGUUCCUUUCCGACCCUGCCCCAAUCACCACUACCCAGACUACCGUAAGCAGUGCGAGGUUCGGCCAGUGGCACAAGAACAAGGCGACAGCCGAGUACCGCUCCGGCCCUCGUCUCAUCAUCUUCAUCAUCGGUGGCGUGACGUACUCCGAGAUGCGCUCGGCCUACGAGGUCACUCGCGCCACUGAUGGCAAAUGGGAGGUCCUGAUUGGUUCAUCUCACAUCCUCACUCCAAACAGCUUUCUGAACGAUCUAAAGAAACUGGACCAGCCUUUGUCUGCUUAGUGGGGCCUGGUGAAGGGAGGAAUUCAGCCCAGUCUGUGUGUCUCCCUGUCGAGUGCCCGAUGCUCCCAGUAACGUGUGGGUCACUUAAGCCCUGCUGUUCACGUUUAAUCCUCAUGAGAAUACUGAUGGAUGAUGAUGAUGAUGAUGAUGAUGAUUCAUUGUCUUUUAGAGUUUGUUUUAAUCUUCUGAGGAAAACUAAAUGGUCUGUGUAUAUACAUUCGUACUAUUUAAUUAAUUUAAAAUGAUGCUAAUUGGGGCUGAUCUUAGAUCAGUAUGACCCAUCUUGCCAACACGUGGAUGAACUGGCGGAUGCGUCUCGCUACAGACUGCCUUCCUCCCCGACUCCUUAUAGUAGCGUGGACGUUUCUGUAGAUGUGCACAUUGGAUUCAUAUACAAUGCACUGUAUGUUAAUUACUGUCCCUGGAGAAUUGUUGUGUGUUUUUUUUUUUUGGUUUUUUUUUUGUAAUUUUAGCCACAGAGCAUGUUCAGCUGCAUAGAUAAGGUGUCCUUUUAAUGUCGUGGGAGCAGAAACCCGUUCUCGUGUAUCUUACCCCGCUAAUGGAACGUGGCUGACAGCAGUUGGCUGGCAAUGAGACAGCGAGGGCAGGCUACCACCCCCUCCACUCCAUUUUUAAACUUUGUGUUUUUGUUUCUGAUCAUCUUGUUGAGUUUCUUCACUUCUCUAAGAUGUAGUGGUUGUGUGAAGGGCUUGCUCUGUCACCCUUAUUCAAAACUUGUGCACGUUCCUUCUGUUAUCACAAAUGUCAUUUACUUGGGUGUUUGUCUGUAUGUUAAAGCUUAAAAAUAAAUAUGCAUAUGCUUUA